UGCAACCGGCAGCGAGACCGCCACGGAGCCGCCGGUACCGCGGAACCGGCACCGCUCCGGCCCUGCUAUCCCAGCACCGGCGUCAGUCCUUGGAUCCUGGCACCGGGACCGACCGACUUCCACCGGCACUGACACCGGCACAAGGUCCGGUCUCCCCCGGCAGCAGGACUGACCCCCGCGUUAUCCUCCCCCGGCGCCGGGACCGCUCCGAUUCCCCGGAAUUGCUCGUCCUUCUCCAUCACCGGGACCGAGCGACCCUUCCCGGCUCGCCUGCCGCAGCUUUUAAAACCCACGAGUACGGGAGCAGUGGGAACGGGGAGCUGGGCACAGUGGAGUGGAGCACAAGGAGCAGCGAGCCCAGCGCUGGGGUGACCCUGUCCCCCUGACCUGGCAGGGACACGGAGCAGGGCAGGACCCUCCAAGGACCAGCCCAGGGGUGUUCUGUGCCGCCGGCGAUGCGAGCCAUGGCAGACCAGGCUGCGGUGGCAGCAGACGCCUCUCCAGCCCUGACACCAUCCCCGGGCUCCCCUCGGCGUGGGGACAUCGAGGGACCGACGCCGCACGCCGGCAGCCCCAGGGAGGACGGCGGCGGCCGGGAUGGCUGCGGGCUCCUUCCCACGGCGGAUGGGGACACGAAACGCCCCCCGUCCCCCCAGGCCGGGGGGAUGCUCCUGGCCGACCUCCCGCGGGCCCCCCAGCCCCGGCUGAGCCCGGCCCGGUCGCGCACGGCUCCGCCGUCCCCCAGCGUGUCCCCGUCCGAGAGCCGAGCCGCGCUGCUCCGGCUGCGCGACGCCCGGCUGGAGGACACCAGGAGGAGGCUGUCGGAGGCCGUGCAGGAGCCCCUGAGCCGCCUGAGCCGCCUGAUGGCCGAGGAGAGCAGCCCCACGGGCCGGGCCAAGGAGCCGGCGGGCAGCCGAGGGGCCGGGGGCCGCCGGGUGCGGGACUGGACGCCCUGGGAGCCCACCCUGAACUGCCGCUACGAGAUCUGCUCCUACGGGGAUGUGAUCCAGGUGGUGGAGGUGGCGCAGAGAGACGCGGAACCCCCGCUGCCCCCGCCCGAGGAGCCGCCCGCGGCGCGGCCCGGGGGCUCGGUGCCGGGCAGGGGGCUCGCCUCCAUCGCCCUGCUCGCCUACGGCUACCUGGUGCUGCCGCUGCCGCCCUACGCCGCCGGGCUCUGCGUGGGGCUGCUCUGCGGGAUGCUCCUGGGCUUCCUCGCCAUCCUCCUCCUCGUGCCCAAGGCUCCGCCGGCCGCUCGGGGACCGUGGGGCCGCCUGCGCCCCAAGCUGCUCCCGGGGGAGCCGCGGGAACCCCCCCAGCUCCAGGGCUGGAUGAACCAGCUGCACGCGUACGACCCCGAGCUUUUCCACCCAUCGCUCACGCACUCGGUGCUCGCCGUGCUGGACGGGGCCACCCUCAAGCUGUCCUACCCCAAGAGCAACAUCCCGCGCCGAGCCACCUUCGAGGAGGAGAUCCUGGACACCGUCUUCGUCAGCCACCGCUGCUACGACCUGACCGAUGCCAAGGUCUUCCUGUGCCCCCCCAGCCUGGCCCGAAAGCGGACGUGGAACAAGAAAUACCCCAUCUGUGUGCUGCUCCCCGAGGCGGCCGAGGGACAGGGCAGGAGCAGCGAGGAGCAGGACGCGGAGCUGCAGGGCGAGGAGGGGAGCAGGAAGGUGCCGGUGGCCGGGCAGGACACCCCAGGGGACUGCAGGGACAGGUGCCUGUACCUGUUUGGGCGGACGGGGCGGGAGAAGGAGGAGUGGUACCAGCACCUCGUGCAAGCCUCCCGUGGGACACCCAGCAGCCACGGGGACACCGCGGCAGGCAUGGGAUCGGCUCCGCAGAGCAGCGGCAGCAGCAGCGGGGGCAGCGCCGAGGACAUCCCAUCCACGGAUUCAGCCAGGGAUGUGUCGGGAAGCACUGAGGAGAUUUACCUGGAUUACAGCACCUACAUGGCCCGGUUCGUGCCAGCACAGGGGGCACCCAGCCCGGAGCAGAGCCCCUCUCACGGAGCCCUGGGCAGCCCCACGCCCACCAAGGGGCUGGUGGCUGCUGUCCCCCCCCAGGCCAGCGAGGACACGGCCAGCAUGGCCUGGAUGAACACGCUGGUGGGGCGCAUCUUCUGGGACUUCCUCCGGGAGCAGUACUGGGCAGAGCAGGUGUCCAACAAGAUCCAGAAGAAGCUGAGCAAGAUCAAGCUCCCGUAUUUCAUGAACGAGCUGACGCUGACAGAGCUGGACAUGGGCACCUCCAUCCCCUCAGUGCUCAGUGCCUCCAACCCCACCAUCAAUGAGCGAGGGCUCUGGGUGGACAUGGAGGUCACCUACAGCGGCUCCUUGCAGAUGACACUGGAGACCAAGAUGAACCUCAGCAAGCUGGGGAAGGAGAGCUCUGCAGAGGACAGCGGCCCUGCAGAGGCAGGCAGAGAGGGGGCCAGGCCACGGCUGAUCCUGCUGGCAGACAGCGACGCCGAGUCGUCCAGCGCUGGCUCCUCGGACGAGGACGAUGUCACCACUGCAGAGCCCGUGGGAGCCCCAGGGGAGAGGAUCCCCCCACCUGGCACCGAGGGCCACAACAGCACGAGCCGGAAGAUCCUGCGCUUCGUGGACAAGAUCGCCAAGUCCAAGUAUUUCCAGAAGGCCACAGAGAACGAGUUCAUCAAGAAGAAGAUGGAGGAGGUUUCCAACACGCCGCUGCUGCUGACGGUGGAGGUGCAGGAGCUGGCAGGAACCCUGGCUGUGAACAUCCCCCCGCCACCGACCGACCGUGUCUGGUACAGCUUCCGAGUGCCCCCACAGCUGGAGCUGAAGGUGCGCCCCAAGCUGGGUGAGCGGGAGGUGACAUUCCUGCACGUCACCGAGUGGAUCGAGAGGAAGCUGAAGCACGAAUUUCAGAAAAUCUUGGUGAUGCCCAACAUGGACGAUCUCAUCAUUCCCAUCAUGCGCUCUGGCCUGGAUCCUUGGCCACCCACCACGGCCCUGCCCCAGGACCUGCCAGCCAGGGGGGACAGGAGGCUCUGAAGCACAACCCCUGGGGCAGGGACACUGCCCAGAGCUCAAGGACCUCGCUGGGACAUGGGGACAGCCAGGGCCUGACCACUGACUGCACCCAGGGCUGUGCCUGGGUUCAUUCUCAUCCUCUGCUUCUGCAGAUGAGCCUCCUCCAAUCCUGCCAGCACACGUUCAGGGCACAGCCAGGCUGCUGGAGAUGCAGGGAUUCCAUGGCCACAUUGCCAGGACUCCUGGUCUAGCAGGCAGCUCUGGACAGUGGAGGGCUGGGCUUCCCACUGUCUGGUUCCCAAAGAGGGUGCAGGACACCUGGAUCAUAGCACUGAAGGAGUUGGGAUCACUGCUGAUCCAAAAUUCCCAGCUCCAGGGAAUCCCCCCCCUCCCUGCAGGCAGCUGGGCUGCAAGGAAAGCAUGGGUGGGAAAGGAUCCCAAGUGAAUAAAUCCAUCACUGGCU